AAUAUAAAAACAAAUUUUUUUUAAUUUUCAUUUCUGGUUGUUGCUAAAAAAUAACUCAAAAUAUUGAUAUAGAAAAAAAUUAUUUGUAAACACAUAAAAUAAAUACCUAAACAUACGAGUAAAAUUAAAUAUUUUAAUGUGCAUACAAGGUAAUUCAAAACUAUAUUCUAUUUUCGAAAUUAAUAUUUAAAAAACAAACAGAAAAUCACGCAAAUAUUUUAAUUAAAAGUUCAAGAAAACGAGCAAACAAACAAAAAUAAGAACAGAAAAACCUUCAAAUAAAAUCCAAAAAAUCAGCAAAAAAAAAAAACAAAGAGAGAGAAAUUAAAAUUUUUUUUUUCAAUAUUAAUAAAAAAUUUUUACCUGACUUUACUAUAACUAGUAAAAUCUGACUAAUAAUUAAAGUUCUAUUAAGCUGUUAUAAUUCUAAUAUACAGAAAUAAAGAGAAAUUUUAAUUAAAAACGUAAAUAGAAACUACUAUAUACAAAAAAAAAAAUAAGAAGAAUUUUUCAUAAUGAAAGCCGAAGAAACAACGCAAUCAACAACAGCACAAUCAGCUAUUGAAAAUGCUGAAGAAAAUUCAAGGUUAUUGGCCGCACCACCUGGUUCCACAGAAUAUGGAUGCAAAGCAGCGGAACAAGAAAACCUCAUCAAAGAAAUGGGGCGAACCUCAAAUGCUAAAACUUUUCCACAAUAUAUUGCUGCUGCAGCUGCUGCUGGUGGUGCAUUAGCAGCCGGUGUCUGUUUAGGAUGGACAUCAUUGACAGAAAAAUCAAUUACAGAACAUAAUGCUUAUGGUUUUGAAGUAACUGAUGAACAAUUCUCAUGGGUUGGUUCAUUCUUUAAUUUGGGUGCAGCAUCAAUUUGUAUACCAAUUGGAUUUUUAAUAAGUGCUAUUGGACGUAAAUUAUCAAUGUUAUUAUUAGUAUUACCAUUUACAAUCGGUUGGGCACUAUUAAUAUGGGCAUCAAAUGUUGAAAUGAUGUGGGCUGCACGUUUUAUUUUGGGUGUAUCUGGUGGAGCAUUUUGUGUAACAGCACCAAUGUAUACUGGUGAAAUAGCAUCAAAAGAGAUUCGUGGUACAUUGGGAAGUUUCUUUCAACUGAUGAUAACAAUUGGUAUUCUAUUGGCAUAUAUAUUGGGUUGGUUAUUAGAAGUAUUUCCAAUGUCAUUGAUAUGCGGUGCUGUACCAAUAUUAUUUGGCUUAAUUUUUGUCUUUAUGCCAGAAACACCAACAUAUUUGGUUAGCAAAGGUAAUAUUGAAAGUGCUCAAAAAUCAAUUAAAUGGUUACGUGGUGCAGAUUAUGAUCAUACACAAGAAUUAAGUGAAUUACAAAUUGAAAGAGAUCAAAUUAAAAAUAAUAAAGUUAAUUUUUUUGCUGCUAUGUCAAGACCAGUUACAAUUAAAGCAUUAUUUAUUAGCUUGGGUUUAAUGUCAUUCCAACAGUUAAGCGGUAUUAAUGCUGUCAUAUUCUAUACUGGUGGAAUUUUUAAGGAUGCUGACACCGGUAUUGAUUUAAAUUUAGCAACAAUUUUAGUUGGUGUUAUGCAAGUAAUCGCUACAACUGUAUCUGUAUUAGUUGUUGAUCGUUUGGGACGUCGUAUAUUACUUUUGAUUUCUGGUGCUGUUAUGGCAAUUUGUACAAUAUUAUUGGGUGUUUAUUUCUAUAUGAAAUCGAAUGAUGCUUCAUCAGUACAAGGUUUAGGAUGGUUACCAGUUACAUGCUUAUGCUUAUUCAUUAUUGUAUUUUCAUUGGGUUAUGGUCCAGUACCAUGGUUAAUGAUGGGUGAACUAUUUCCAACUGAUAUAAAAGGUGUUGCUGGUUCAAUUGCUGGUACAUUCAAUUGGGUUUUAGCAUUUAUUAUUACAAAAACAUUUGUCAACUUAAAAGAUGCAUUAGGACAAGGUGAAACAUUUUGGUUAUUUGCUGGUUUAACAGUUAUUGGUUGUGUAUUUGUUGCAUUCUGUGUACCUGAAACAAAAGGUAAAUCAUUAGCUGAAAUUCAACAAAUGUUAGGAGAUGAAACAGCUGGCAGAACAACAUCAAGUUCAAAACAAUAAAGCAACUAAAAAAUGGAAAAAAAAAAAUGAUCAAAAUAUUUAGUAAAACAGAAAAAGAGGAAAUUAAAUGAAAAAUUGAAAACAAAAGCAGCAUAAAAUAAGAGAAAAAAAAAAGUUUUUUAUACGAUAGAUAAUUACACACUACUAUACUAAAAUACAUAUAUACAUAGAGUAUAUACAGAGUAUAUACAUAUAUAUAAAGUUAAAUUGAUUUUUGCAUGCAUUGUAAGAGAACAAAAUAAUAUGUGUAUGUAGAUUGAAAAGUAUAUAAGAAAAGCAAGAAAGCAGAAUUUUAUAAGAAUAUACAAAGGAAAAAAAAAAUUAAAAUAUUUUUCAGAAAAAAAAAUUUCUUAACUUUAAAAUUUAAAUUAAGAAAAAAUUUCGAAUUUUUCAAAAAAAGAAAAAAAAUUUAUUUUUGGUAACCUUGUCCUCCGAUAUUUAAAUGUCCAAUAUAUCAAAAAUCAAUGUUAAAAUAUUAAAGAAAAAUAAAAAUUUUAAUUGUAUUUUUGUGAAGAAUUUCUCCUAUUAAUUAUAUUUUUUUAAUCUAAGUUAUUAAUUUAUAACAAGCAUUACUAUAAAAAUUUCCUAUACAAAAAUUUAAUAUGAAAUAUUUUUAAUAUUAAAGAAAAACAAACAAAAAGUGCAUUCUAACAAU